UCAUCGCUCAUGCAGCUAGCAACCGACAUAAACAAAUCUGAAUUACCGCCAAAAAAUUAAUUAAGCCAAUUCUUUUUACUAAAAACAAUAAUUUUCAUGAGUUUCCAAACUGAUUUUCUACUAUCAUCCCGAAUGCAAUGGCCGACAAGCAUUUAACGAAUAUCCAAACCGGAUUUCAUUGCGAGAAAUUUUCGCGUCCUAUCAAGCACUCGUGCUCAUGCAAUCAUAAUAGCUGGUGCAUUUGCUGCGAUCAUAUUGAAUUUCCUGCAGUUUGGCGUGAAUUACGCGAACAGCAGGAAUUGUGCGACGGCGUCAUUCGACUGAAAAAUGGCGACCGUAUAAAAGUUCAUCGCGCCAUUUUAUCGGCUUCGAGUUCGUAUUUUAAAGCAUCUUUUACUUAUAACAGUGCAUCUGGUGAGGUGAACGAUGCAGUUAUUAAUGUAGAUGUGACGCGAUCGAUAAUAAAUUCAAUUCUGGAUUAUGUCUACACUGGGAAGUGUGAGAUUACGUGGAAUAAUGUGGAGGACUUGCUGGCCGCCUCUGACCGUUACGACGUUGUAGGCUUGGUUCGGUUAUGUUGCCAGUUUUUACUAUCUGAACUGAAUCCUGACAAUUGUAUUGGAAUAUAUCUGUACGCCAAACAUUAUUUCUGCACGGAGCUAGAGAGAUGCGCUCUAGAUUUUAUUCUCACUUCAUUUUGUGACGUUGCAAGGGAGAGUGAGGAACUAGAUAAAAUCCCGGUGGAGGAGCUUUUUGCGAUUUUAAAUGACGAACAUUUGAACGUAAAGUCAGAGGAGACUGUUUUUGAAGUGAUUCGCAGAUGGGUUGAACACGAUAUGAGAGAACGCUCUGAACAUUUACCGAAGCUUCUCACUUGCGUACAGUUCGGUCUGAUGGGGUACAGGACGUUUAAGGAGCGAUUCAUGUCCUGGAGUCCGAUCAAGGAUAAUCCUGAGUGUCAGCGAGUCAUCUUGCCAUUGUCCUCACGGCCAAGGGUUCCGUACCAAGUCAUUAUGGUGGUUGGAGGAUGGACAAAUGGAUCCCCGACGGAUAUCAUUGAAAUCUAUGACACUAAAGCAGAUGUUUGGCUUCAGCUACGCUUCACGGAUUCUAGACGAGCGUACCAUGGAGUUUGCACAAUUGAUCAGAAAGUAUAUGUUUUAGGAGGAUUCGAUGGAUCCACACACUUCAAUUCAAUGCGAUGUUAUGAUCCUGUUACGUAUCAGUGGGAAGAGAAAGCCUGCAUGUAUCAACCUCGUUGCUAUGUUAGUGUGGUCGUCCUCGACAAAAAAAUUUAUGCUCUUGGUGGAUACAAUGGCCAUACGCGUUUAGACACCGUUGAACGUUAUGAUCCAGAACGCAAUCAAUGGGAAAUGGUUGCACCUAUGAGACGCUUAAGAUCAGAUGCUGGCGCAGCUGCAAUGGGAAAUCAGAUAUACGUUGUUGGCGGUUUCAAUGGAAACGAAGUACUGAACAGUUGCGAAAUGUAUAACCCGACUACGAACAGCUGGACUCUAAUAUCUCUGAUGCUAAGCCCAAGGUCCGGUGUCGGUCUUGUAGCUUGCAAUGAUGCACUCUAUGCUAUUGGAGGUUUCAGUGGCCAUCAUCGACUCCGAUCGGUCGAAAAGUAUAGCUUGAAAGAUCCCACUUGGAAUUUUGUCGCUGACAUGAUUUGCCCACGUAGCAACUUCGCUUCCGUGGUUAUCGAAAAUACAAUUUAUGUAAUCGGAGGCUUCAAUGGAACGAACACCAUUAGCUUCGUGGAAUCAUAUGAACCGAAACGAAAUACUUGGCAGUCAGUAACACAAAUGAAUGUUAACCGUUCGGCGCAGAGUGCAUGCGUAUUGAAAGGACUGCCUAACAUAAAAGGAUAUUCAUAUCAUUCUCGAGAGAUACAUGAUGCUCCCUGCACUUUGAAAAUAAUGAACAACUUUGCUAUAAGGAACGAUGAGAUUUUACAGUUGAACGACGAGUUACCUGAUAUCGAUAACAUUAUGUGGGAGCACGGAGCGCCGGAACCGUUUUUUUGAAUAAUUGUUUUAUUUGUUUUUCUUUUAAUGACUUUUCUUAACAAUAAAAAGAUCUUUUUCAAGUAA